AUGCCUGUCAUUUCAAUCUUCUUCUACUUCCUCCUCUUUUUCUCCUCCAAAGCAACCGCUCAUGGCGGUGGCCACCAUGGCUUCACCACCUCUCUAUUCCACCGCGAUUCUCUUCUCUCCCCUCUCCACAACCCCUCUCUCUCCCGCUACGACAGCCUUGUGGAGUCCUUUCGUCGCUCCUUCUCCCGCUCCGCCACCCUCCUCAAUCACCUCACUUCUGUCUCCACUGCAUGCAUACGUUCUCCCAUCAUCCCCGACAGCGGCGAGUUUCUAAUGUCUAUCUUUAUCGGAACCCCUCGAGUGAAUUUCAUAGCCAUUGCCGAUACUGGCAGCGACCUAACAUGGACUCAAUGCUUGCCAUGUCGGGAAUGCUUCAACCAAUCACAGCCUAUUUUUAAUCCACGUCGGUCGUCUUCCUACCGCAAAGUGUCUUGCUCGUCGGAUACGUGUCGCUCCCUUGAAAGUUCCCAUUGUGGGCUGGACCUCAAAAGCUGCAGCUAUGGCUAUAGUUAUGGAGAUCGAUCGUUUACGUAUGGUGACCUAGCAUCUGAUAAAAUUACCAUUGGGUCCUUCAAACUCCCUAAGACAGUCAUCGGAUGCGGGCACCAAAAUGGUGGCACUUUCGGAGGGGUUACCUCCGGAAUCAUUGGACUUGGUGGUGGCUCUCUCUCUUUGGUGUCGCAAAUGAGCACAAUUGCCGGCGUCAAACCACAGUUCUCAUAUUGCUUGCCAACGUUCUUUAGCAACGAAAAUAUCACAGGUAAAAUAAGCUUUGGCCGAAAGGCUGUCGUUUCGGGGCGUCAAGUGGUUUCUACCCCUCUCGUACCGAGAUCUCCGGAUACUUUUUAUUUCUUGACUCUUGAAGCAAUCUCUGUUGGAAACAAGCGAUUUAAGGCCGCAAAGGACAUGUCAGCCAUGACCAACCAAGGGAAUAUCAUUAUCGAUUCCGGUACAACAUUGACUCUUCUACCUCGGAGUCUGUAUGACGGCGUCGUUUCCACUUUGGCGAGAGUUAUUAAAGCAAAGCGAGUGGAUGAUCCUUCGGGGAUUUUGGAGCUUUGCUAUUCUGCGGGGCAACUAGAGGAUUUAAAUAUUCCGAUAAUCACGGCACAUUUUAGCGGUCGUGCCGAUGUGAAGUUGCUGCCGGUGAACACAUUUGCACCGGUGGCUGAUAAUGUGAUUUGUUUGACUUUGGCGCCGGCAACGAAUGUCGCCAUUUUUGGGAACUUGGCACAGAUUAACUUUGAAGUUGGAUAUGAUCUUGGGAAUAAGAGAUUGUCGUUUAAACCUACACGUUGUGCUUAG